ACGCGGCGGGGAUCAAUGAAUAACACGUUAUUUGGCUUCGGCCCAUAGUGUCUCCGUGUAUCUCACGUGACCACCAAGCAUUUUUUUUUGUACCUCCGCGCUGUCGUGACGUCUUUCAAAGGCUCUGGAUCCACUUUCCAUAAGUUCCUCUCUUUGGAGUCGAGGGUCAUCAGCUUGUCAAAAGAUCUAUGCCUCUUAGUUUAGCAGGCAUUAACUACAAAUCAGCAACGCCUGGUACCAAGUCUUCUGUACCUGCUGAUUAAUCAGUUUUAAUCACUUUUGUUACAAGAGGCUUGCGAAAUGAAGUACUGUAGUACUCGUGGUGGGGUCCAUGGAUGGGACUUCCGGGAUGUACUGUUCUCAGGCUUCGCACCAGACGGAGGGAUGUUCAUGCCAGAGAGUUUGCCUGUACUUAGCUCAGACACCCUGAGGUGCUGGAAGGGGCUGCCUUACACUAAACUGGUGGUGGAGGUUGCCUCAUUGUUCAUUCCCACUCAGUUGAUCCCCAGAGAUGAUCUUGAAGUCCUAGUGGGUGAAGCCCUGUCUGGUUUCUCUGUGCCUGAGGUUGUCAGAAUUGUCCGACUGAAGAACGGUUUGUUUGUCUUGGAGCUCUUUCAUGGAGACACCUUGGCCUUUAAGGACUUAGCUAUGACCUGCACUGUGCGCUUCCUCGACUACUUCCUGCGAAAAGAGAAUCGCAGAGCUAUGGUCGUUGUAGGUACAUCAGGGGACACUGGUGGCUCAGCCAUCCAGAGUGCAAAAGGUAUCCCUGGGUUGGAUGUGGUGGUGGUUUACCCCCGAGGACGCAUCACUCCAGUACAAGAGAGACACAUGAUCUCCUGCGUGCAGGAUAAUAUCCAUGUGUUUGCAGCGGACGGCAGCUCAGAUGACAUAGACAAGCCUCUGCGCCAUCUGUUUGCUGACCAGGACCUGGUGAAGUCUCAUGGCCUUAUGAGCCUCAACUCAGUCAACUUCUCUAGAGUCAUGAUACAGCUCGCCCACUUCAUCUAUGCUUAUCUCGAGCUCAGUGGAAUGGAGCAGACUGACGCUGAUGCAGCCCUGCCUGAGCUGGACGUGGUGGUUCCAACUGGAGGGGCAGGAAACAUUGCAGCUGGCUACAUCGUAAAGCAGAUGGGCUUGCCCUUGAAACUGGUUGCCAUGGUGAAUUCUAAUGACAUAGUGCACAGGACAGUAACUACCGGGGACUUUUCCAUGGCAGCUAAUGUCACACAAACAUUGGCCCCUGCUAUAGACAUCCAGGACCCGUACAACAUGGAGCGAGUGUUCUGGCUGCUACUCGGCAGAAAUGGAGCUUCAGUAAAGAUCAUGAUGGAGGAGUUUCAACGUUCACAUAGACACUCUCUGCCUGAAAACCACCGCAAACUGCUGUCGCAGGUUCUAUCAACUGGCACAGUGACUGAUGAAGGGAUCCUGGAGAUCAUGAGGAGGUGCUGGAAUGAAAAUGAAUAUGUGCUUUGCCCUCAUUCAGCUGUGGCUGUAUGGCAUCACUACCACUGUCCUCACAGCCCUGGGGUCAACAGGUGUUAUGUUGCAACAGCAUCUCCAGCCAAGUUUCAGGCAACAGUGCAGAGGGCGGGUCUGACCUUUGACCUGCCUGAAGAGGUACUGGCCUUGAACAAGCUGCCCACCCGUUACCAGAACCUGGAGCGGAGCCAUAGCUGGUGCAAAGACUGGGAGGACAGACUGCGAGAGUUCAUCCAGUCUGUGAGUGUAGUCAGGAAGAACGGAGGGACUUAUUACACUGGAAACUGACUGAUUGAACAUCAAACAGCUGUAUAUAUGGAAGCUCGGGUGACCCUGACAGCCUUUCAUUGAUCUAUGCACUUCAUAAUCAUAAAUUACCGUAAUUUCCGGACUAUUGAGCGCACCUGAAUAUAAGCCGCACCCACUAAAUUUAAAAAGAAAAAAGUUUUGUGCAUAUAUAAGCCGCACCUGACUAUAAGCCGCAGGUUAUAACAUGUAACAUGAGAUAUUUACACAGAAAGAUUUUAUGUAACUUGUAAUUAAAUAUAUACUUUCUUCCCGAACAGUGCCUGCAACACGGCAGUGAAACACAUUGAGUCAGUUCACGCUGCCAACUCCAACGCACUAAGCUAGCGCGCUAAGGUAAGCGCGCUAGCACUAAAACUUAUCUUCAAGUUUUUUAUUGUAUUGUAUAUCAUCGAGGUGCAUUUCGUUCUGCCUCCGUUUCCACACUCGUCUCUGCAACACACACACAGCUGCAGCGCUCCUCCUCACGUCACACUCACACACACACACACAUACUCUCUCUCUCACACACACCGUAACCUGCCUAAGUUAAAGGAGAGCAGGCUUGGCCUGCAACAGCUGCAUUGUAUGCAUUUCUUCGUGUUUUCCAUGAUGAGGGUGUGUGCAUGAAGCACAGAAUGAUUGAUCUGAAAAAUUUAGUGUGUGUUUGAUUUAAUUCGAACAGUGUCAAUGGUCCACUGUGACCUGUUUGGUAAUUUUAUUGGUCUGAUGUGAUGAGGCUAAACUUAAUGAUGACAUGAAGCUCGCACGUAAAAAUCUAUACAUUAGCCGCAUCUUUGUAUAAGCCACAGCGUGAGAAAAAAGUAGCAGCUUAUAGUCCGGAAAUUACGGUAUAUUAAUGGUUACAGUAUCUUGUUGUAUCUUUGGUGAUAUUUGAUCUGUAGUGUCAUAUGACUUGUCUUUGUACAGUAAAUGUAACACCACAAACCAUUCAAAUUGCUCUGUCUUCCUGCCACAUAUUUUCACAAAUGUAAAGAUAUACUAAAGAAAAAAAUCAAGAAGUGUCUGUUAUCAAUUGUCAUUUAACAUUGAGGAGAAUUUUCAGCUACAAGUAACAGAUAAGGACUUUCUAAACAGCCUUUGUUACAUAGAAACCCUCACUGAAACACUAAAUGGAUGUUUGUUCUGCUCAGAUGAAAUGUAGGGAGGAUACAAAAUUGAAAAUUUUUCAGAAUGAAGUUAAUGUUUUUAAUUUAUUUUCACAUUUCUUUUUGUCAAUUCCUUUAUGGAUAGAAGGCAAUUUUUUUUAUUUCUAUACCUGUGAUUUCUGUAUUUCAUCUUUAAUUUAUAUCUGUAUUUCUGUGUCUAUAUGUUCAUUGGAUAGGUGGUCCAAAUCCCAGUCUAAACAGAAUUGGUCGGUUGGGUGCAACAGACAGUAGCAAACGAUUCCUAUUAACUCUACAUGAGACAAGUUAGCUAUGCUUACCUUCCAUCAACUCCACACAAUGUUUCGAGUAAAGUUAGCCUGCCUUACUAACACAGAGACACAGAAAUACAGACACAAAGAAAUGUAAAAAUAGAGGAUAAAUAAACAAAUGUAGAAAACCACAAA